UAGAAUGUUAAGCGUUCGAUGAGUUUCAAUUUGAUGAAGUUUGAAGUGCUGUGUUUGAAGAGAAGCGCGCGCAGGAAGCUGAUCUUAUUCGCUGCUCAGCUGAAUUUCUGUUGGCUUAGUGCAGACCCUGCCCUGAUUGCCUUAUAUCCACGUCUAUUGACGUGUAGAGAGCAGAUGGAGGCAGGACUGAUCUGAUCUUUAGUCUUCAGAGGUCAUUCUACAGUUACGGCCACUUGUUGCCAAAUUGCUCAAAGAGCGCGAGCGCGUCGCGAAACCGUUUCCAUAAAGAGCUAUUUCUUUGCUUUCGCGACACACAUCUAACGUUAGAUGUUGAGACGGAAAUACAAGCACUUCUUCUGACUUUGUUUGGGGAAAAAGGUCACUGUUGAGCAAAUUCGUCGCAUUUGACGGGAGAAGCAUGGUUGACAACACAAGCAUAGCAACUAAAUCUGCACUGCAAGCCGCUUUCUCGUCGGCGAGCUCUCUUCCUCUGCUGGUGUGCUCCUCCGGGGCUCACAGUCACUCGAGCGGCGGCAGCGGGAUGAAGCUGGAGGCGGUCAUGGAGAACCUGCAGCGGCAGCAGGCGGCUCGACUCGCCCUGGAGGAGAAACUCCGCCAAGCCGACAAGGAGAAAGAAAUCCGAUCAAUGGUGGAGUCGCAGAUUCACCAGCAAGCUAUCGCUUUCCGCCACUAUCAAGCAGCGGUGAGGGGAGCGUUCGCUGCGGGAGCCCCGAACUCGAGUUUCGGCCAGACACACGAGCUCACAGCCGACUCCGACAUCGAUGAUGAUGAGGAGGACGACCCAGACCUGGACCGCGGCAUGGGUGAUGAAGACCGCGACUUGGAGGAAGAUGACAGUAUGAAUGAGGCUGGAGGGGAUGAAGACAUGGAAGGACCCCUCGCUCAUUACCCACCGCACCAUGCUGUUUAUCCCGGUGACGGUCAGUCUCCAAAAAGUACCCCGAUACUUAUGUCCAGAGUCCAGCCAACCUAUUCAGCUCCCAGACAGACUGAAUCACCGAGUGGUUUGGCACCGCAAGCACAAUCACAGCACCACGAAUGGACUUAUGAGGAGCAGUUCAAACAGUCAGGCCAAGGCAGCGAGCCAGGGAGGAAGCUGAAAGAUUCGAGUGCUGCUUUCGGUGGCGGUGGCUCUUCGUCUCUGAUUCAGGAGCUGUACGAACUGGACGAUGAUGAGAAAAGGAAGGAGUUUCUUGAUGAUCUCUUCAGUUUCAUGCAAAAAAGAGGGACUCCAGUGAAUCGGAUUCCUAUCAUGGCCAAGCAGGUGUUGGAUCUCUACACUCUCUACAAGCUUGUCACUGAAAAAGGCGGCUUAGUGGAAGUCAUCAAUAAGAAAAUAUGGCGCGAGAUUACCAAAGGCCUGAACCUCCCUACCUCCAUCACCAGUGCGGCGUUCACCCUCCGAACACAGUAUAUGAAGUACCUCUAUCCAUAUGAAUGUGAAAAGCGUGGACUGAGCUCUCCCGGGGAGCUUCAGGCAGCUAUCGACAGCAACCGUCGGGAAGGGCGGAGACAGAGUUAUGGGUCCACCCUCUUCAGCUACUCCCCUGUGGGAACCCCCACACUGCUAGCUUCCCCAAAACUCCAGAUGCCCCACAUCAGCAUGUCCAUUCCUAAUGGUGGGCACAUGUCUCAGACCUCUGUUAUCAAGAAAGAGGACUCCAUGCUGUCCAGCUGCCUGACUAACAGGAUGGGCAUCCCUGUGUCUUUGGCCAGCCACCACAGUGCAGCUCAGGCGGCUGCGGCUCAGGCUGUGCAGGCGGCCGCAUUGGAGCAGCUCCGGGAGAAGCUGGAGUCUGGAGAGCCACCGGAGAAGAAAGUGAUGCUGAUGGCAGAGGAGCAGCAGAGGAUAAUGCAACAUGCGUUACAGCAGAAUCUCUUCGCAAUGGCAACCCAGCUACCCAUGAACAUCAAACUGAACAACAGAGAUGAUAGACAAGAGACUGCAUUGAACCUGUCUACCAACGGCAUUAGCAGCAUCAACAUGUCAAUAGAAAUAAAUGGGGUUGUCUACACAGGGGUCCUGUUUGGCCGUAAGCCAACCAUAGGUUUCAUGGCAGGCAGCCAGCGAGUCCAUCACAGACACAGCUCACAGAGAAAGAGCAGCAUCCCAGGCCUCAGCACCCAGACACAGCCGUCCUCCUCUUCCUCCUCACACGGUCCUGCCACCUCCCCCUGAGCUUCUCCCUGACCCCCCACACUUCACUCAGCCCCCCCCGACAGGGUCAUUCUGGACCGGUGUUUUCUGUCUCCUUCAAUGUACAAUGUACACUUUUUACUGUUUUUCUAACCCUCCCCCUGCAAUCAGGACAGGAGCAUCCGUCAUCAAAAAAACUUCCA